GCCAAGUUGCUUUUGGCUGCUAACGUUCACUUGGGUUCCAAGAACGUUCAAGUUCACAACGAGCCAUACGUUUACAAGACCCGUCCAGAUGGUGUCAACGUGAUCAACGUUGGUAAGACUUGGGAGAAGAUUGUCCUUGCUGCCCGUGUCAUCGCUGCUAUUCCAAACCCAGCUGACGUUGUUGCUGUCUCUUCCCGUACUUUCGGUCAACGUGCUGUUCUUAAGUUUGCCGCCCACACCGGUGCCACUGCCAUUGCUGGUCGUUUCACCCCAGGUAACUUCACCAACUACAUCACCCGUUCCUUCAAGGAGCCACGUUUGAUCAUCGUCACUGACCCAAGAACCGAUGCUCAAGCCAUCAAGGAGUCCUCUUACGUUAACAUCCCAGUCAUUGCUUUGUCUGACUUGGACUCUCCAUCCGAGUACGUUGAUGUCGCUAUCCCAACCAACAACAAGGGUAAGCACUCCAUCGGUUUGAUCUGGUACUUGUUGGCCCGUGAGGUUUUGCGUCUUAGAGGUUCCCUCCCAUCCCGUGAGGAGCCAUGGAACAUCAUG